AUGUCUGUCUAAUUAAUUCGAAAAAAAUAUCCAAUUGAUAUUAAUUUAGAAUCUUUUAUUUAGUAAGUUGAAUAAAUUUUUUAAAUUGAAAAUAAUACAACCAUUCAAAGUUAAAUGCUUGAUUUGUUACAUUAAAAUUAAAUUCUUAGAUCCUCUAUUUUAAUUAAUUAAUUCAUGAUAUCAGAACAAUAAAUAAUUAUAAAAGCUAAUAAAAUAUAAGUGAAAAUAAAUAAAAAUGGUAGAUUUUCAUAUUAAAAUAAUGAAUUAAAUGUAGCCUUUUAAAUUUUAAAUAAUUUUUGUAUAUAUCAUGGAUAGGUUUUGAACAAAAAACCUAAUGGUGAAGGAAGUUUCAAAUGGAUAAAUGGUGAAGUAUAUAUUGGUCAAUGGUUAAAAGCAUAAAAAAAUGGUAUAGGAUAAUGGAUUGGAAUAUAUGGAGAUUCAUAUACAGGAUAAUGGGUAAAUGGUUAAUAAGAUGGUUUGGGAGAACAUUAAUGGAAUGGAAAUGUUUAUUUUGGUUAAUGGAGUAAUUCAGUUAAAAAUGGAUAUGGAAUAGAAUAAUUUUAAAAUGGUGAUAAAUACAUAGGAAAUUAUUAUUUUGGUAAACCACAUGGAAUAGGUGAGUAUAGAUGGUCAGAUGGUUCAAUAUAUUAAGGAUCAUUUAUAGAGGGAAAAAGACAUGGACAUGGGAAAUGGAAUAAUAAAUUUGGAUUAUCUUUUGAAGUAGUAUUAAUAUUUUAUAUUAGGGAGAUUAUCAAAAUGAUUUAAAACAUGGUAAAGGAAAAUUAUUAUAUUAAGAUGGAAGUUAUUAUAGUGGUUAAUUUUAAAAAGAUAUAAGAGAUGGUUAUGGAAUGUAUUAUUAAAACAAUGGUAUUGUAAUUGAAGGUUAAUGGAAAGAAAAUCGAUUUAUUGGAUGUAAUAAGAAUAAUGAUUCUUAUAUUUAAAUAAACAAUUCUUUUGCUUAAAAGAAUGAAUUAACAUAAACAGAAUCAUAUGAACGUAAUCAUAUUUUUACUGUUAAUAAGAAGCUAAAUUAUAAAUUUCACUUAUGUUUAAAAUAAGAAAUAAAAUAAAAUUAAUAUAGUAGAUCAAUUUCAACAAAUUAACAAAGAUCAUCUAAUCGAUCAAGAUGUUAAGAAAAUUACUAAUCUCCAUCUGUUGAAUUUAGAGAUAUCAAUAUCGAGGAGGCAUAAAGGACAAUAAAGAAGAAGAAAAAAUACAAAUCUUAAUAGAAAAAUUAUUUAUUUAUGAUCAAAAACAACAAAAAAUCAAUUAAAAAUGUAUAUGUAAUUUGA